ACUUGGUCCCAGCUGGACGCCUUGGCCCCCAGGUGCCGCAGCGGAACAAAUUUGGCGGACUGGGCUCCAGGGACUCGGAGGGGCCGACAGGGAGUGGCGUAGGCUCGAGCCCAGACCCCUGGGCCUCCUAGAGUGCUUGUAGGAGGAAGACAGCCAGAUCACCCCAGACUCUCGGGUGUCUGAGCCGGGCAAAGUUAGGGGGCUGGACUCCUGGGGCCCCACUGGUCAGCGACUCAGGAGGCGUUCCUAGAUCCUACUGAUGCACGGGUGACACGCGCAGGAAUUUCAGAAAUUUUGAGUGGAGUCAUUCGGAGCGUCAAAAAGGAUGGGGAAUGGAAGGUGCUCAUUAUGGACCACCCAAGCAUGCGCAUCCUCUCAUCCUGCUGUAAAAUGUCAGACAUCUUGGCUGAGGGCAUCACCAUUGUUGAAGACAUCAACAAACGGCGAGAACCCAUUCCUAGUCUGGAGGCCAUUUAUUUGCUGAGCCCCACGGAGAAGUCUGUUCAGGCCCUGAUUUCAGACUUCCGGGGGACUCCGACCUUCACCUACAAAGCAGCACACAUCUUCUUCACUGACACCUGCCCUGAGCCCUUGUUCAGUGAGCUGGGUCGUUCUCGCCUGGCAAAGGUGGUGAAGACGCUGAAAGAGAUCCACCUUGCCUUCCUGCCCUGCGAAGCUCAGGUGUUCUCUCUGGAUGCCCCUCACAGCACCUACAAUCUCUACUGCCCCUUCCGGGCAGGGGAGCGGGCACGACAGCUUGAGGCACUGGCUCAGCAAAUAGCCACACUGUGCACCACGCUGCAGGAGUACCCAGCCAUCCGUUACCGCAAGGGUCCAGAAGACACAGCCCAGCUGGCCCAUGCUGUUCUGGCCAAGCUGAAUGCCUUCAAGGCAGAUACUCCCAAUCUGGGCGAGGGCCCUGAGAAAACCCGCUCACAGUUGCUGAUCAUGGACCGAGCAGCAGACCCUGUGUCCCCUCUGCUGCAUGAGCUCACAUUCCAGGCCAUGGCCUAUGACCUGCUGGACAUCGAACAGGACACCUACAGGUAUGAGACCACUGGACUGAGCGAGGCUCGGGAGAAGGCUGUGCUACUGGACGAGGACGACGACCUAUGGGUAGAGCUUCGGCACAUGCACAUUGCGGAUGUGUCCAAGAAGGUCACGGAGCUUCUGAAGACGUUUUGUGAGAGCAAGCGGCUGACCACGGACAAGGCCAACAUCAAAGACCUGUCCCACAUUCUGAAAAAGAUGCCGCAGUAUCAGAAGGAGCUGAACAAGUAUUCUACACACCUGCAUUUAGCUGAUGACUGCAUGAAGCGCUUCAAAGGCUCAGUGGAGAAGCUGUGUGGUGUGGAGCAGGACUUGGCCAUGGGCCUGGACGCAGAGGGUGAAAAGAUCAAGGAUGCCAUGAAGCUGAUUGUCCCGGUGCUGCUGGAUGCAGCGGUGCCACCCUACGAUAAGAUCCGGGUCCUGCUGCUCUACAUCCUUCUACGGAACGGUGUGAGUGAGGAGAAUCUGGCCAAACUGAUCCAGCAUGCCAAUGUGCAGGCCUACAGCAGCCUCAUCAGGAACUUAGAGCAGCUGGGGGGCACCGUCACCAAUGCCGGGGGCUUGGGGACCUCAAGCCGGCUAGAGCGGAGAGAACGCAUGGAGCCCACCUAUCAGCUGUCUCGCUGGUCCCCGGUCAUUAAGGACGUGAUGGAGGAUGCAGUGGAGGACCGGCUGGACCGCAAACUGUGGCCCUUUGUGUCUGACCCUGCCCCCACAUCCAGCUCCCAGGCCGCUGUCAGUGCCCGUUUUGGCCACUGGCACAAGAACAAGGCGGGUGUCGAGGCUCGGGCGGGACCCAGGCUCAUUGUGUACAUUGUGGGUGGCGUGGCCAUGUCAGAGAUGAGGGCUGCCUAUGAGGUGACCAGGGCCACCGAGGGCAAGUGGGAGGUGCUCAUUGCCUUCCCUUCCUGUCCAGGCUCCUCGCACAUCCUCACGCCUACCCGGUUCCUGGAUGACCUCAAGACCCUGGACCAGAAACUGGAGGACAUUGCCCUUCCCUGACUGUCCUCUGCCUCUGCGCCUCCCUUCCAGGGAAAUAAACUCUCCCUUCUCU